AUGCGGCAAACCACCCGUCUGCUUGCCAAAUACCUCGAGGCGGGUCAGCCGACCGGACUGACCGGUCUGUGGACGCACGCGACGCCCCGAUCGACGCUCCUCUACCUCUACAGUUCGACACUCGACCGUCUGUCCAAGAUCCCCGAGUCGUCGCUCUACCGCCAGUCUGUCGAGGCCACGACCAAGCACCGCAUGAGCAUCGUUGAGGCCGCGAUCCCCCCCGGCUACGACGAGUGGGCCAAGAGGGCCAAGGAGCUCGUCGGCCAGGACAAGGAAAAGUUCCGCGUCAACAGCGGCCGCAUCGACGGCAGCGAGGCCCGCACAGUCAAGCUCGGCGACCGCGUCUUUGUGGUCGGCCACAGGCACGAGGGCAAGGAUAUCCGCGAGGAGGAAUGGGACGGCGAGGAAAACGAGGGCCCAGCGCUGGAGGGUGCCCGGACGCCCGCCGAGAGAGCGGACCAGGCUUUCUUGGGCGACAAAAAACCCCUGGCCGAGCACGAGAAGGUCCAGUGGGAGGACGAGCCGCAAUUGACGGCUGACCAGGUCCACGAGCUGGAGCACAAGAUUGGCGCUGGCCUUAUCGAAGAGGUCAUCCAGGUUGCCGAGGGCGAGCUCGAGCUGAUUGAUACCAUGGAGAAGAGCAAGGUCUGGGAGGACCUCGAAGACCCUGUCCCCGAGGGCCAGUGGACAUAUUUUGAGCGCCGGACAUAA